UCAAGGACCUCCACAUCCAGGCCAUGCUCGCUUCUCGUUACCACCAUCGGGCAAGAGUGCAGACUCGGCCCGACCCGCGAAGUAUGGAUUUAAAGAGCGAACUACUCAAGUCCAUCUGGUACGCCUUCACCGCCCUGGAUCGGGAAAAGAGCGGCAAGGUCUCCAAGUCCCAGCUGAAGGUACUGUCACACAACCUGUACACAGCGCUGAACAUCCCACAUGAUCCCUUGGCUCUGGAAGACCACUUCCGUGAUGACAACGAUGGGCCUGUGUCCAGCCAAGGCUAUAUGCCUUACCUCAACAAGUACAUCCUGGACAAGGCACAGGAUGGUAAUUUUGUCAAGGAAACUUUCAAUGAGCUCUGCUGGACGUUGACCGCCCGCAAGAACUACAGGCCCUCAAAGCCCCAGUGCCUGAUCUCCGAGCGAGAGGCCUUCAUGCUCUGGUGUCUUUUCAACUUCCUGUCUGAGAACAAGUAUCCUCUGGUCAUGGUGCAGGAGGAGGUUGCGUACCUACUGAGGAAAUUGUUCACGGCCAUGGGUCAGGAGUGGCUUCACGAAGGGGAGCUGAGUGACCAUUUUAUGCAGAACCCCACCCUGGAUGGAGCUGUGACUGUCUGGCAGUUCCUGGACCUGAUAGAGUCAGGCAGGUUCACCAAACCAGCCAGCAAGGAGUCGCUGGCUCUGGGGAUCCGGUCAGUUUACGAGGAGCUGGUGUUGGACGUGACACAGAAGGGAUACAUGUGGAAAAAGGGGUAUGUUCGGCGGAACUGGAAUGAGCGCUGGUUUGUCCUGAAGGCAUGCAACAUCUUGUACUAUGUCAACGAGGACCUCAAAGAGAAGAAGGGGGAAAUUCAUCUCGAUAAAGACAGCACAGUUGAGGCGCUCAUGGACAAGGACGGGAGACGGUGUGUAUUCUGCAUUAAGACGACCAAUCGAACGUAUGAGCUGAGUGCAUCUGACACCAAGCGUCGUCAGGAGUGGAUGGAGAGUAUCACUACCGCCAUUUCGCUUCAGACGGCCAACAAGCCUCCCUUGCACAAGGAGCAGCGGGAGCGGCGGCGGGAGCUAAGGCAGCAGGCGAUUCAGAGGAGGAAGGAGGAGGAGGAGCAGCUGACCAAGCUGAAACAGGAGAGGGAGUGUCAGCUGAGGGAGCUGGAGAAGCUGAGGCAGGCCCAGGAGGAAGCACAGGCCAUUUGGCGAAACAAGGAGUUCCAAUGGAUGGAUCAACAGGAGGAGAUGCAGCAGGUUAUGCAGAAGCAGUUGCACCAGGCUCGGAAGGACAAUCUCUGCCUACAGUUGGAGAUGGAGCAGAAGGAGCUGGAGGCGGGAAUGCAGCGACGCCAGAUUCAGGAGCUGGAGAGGAUCCGGCAAGGGCUGGAGCAGGCGCUACAGGCUGAGAUCCAGGCACGCAGUAGCGAGCAUGCCGCACACUCAGUCCAGGCAAGGCUUUUAGAGCAGGAAGAGGAGAAGCUGAGGGAGCUGAUGAGGCUUAAGGAGGAGAAGACUCUGACCCGGCGGGAGCAGAAGCAGCAAAUGGCUGAUAGAACGCAGGCGCUGCAGCGGGCAGUGGCGGAGCUAAGAGAGAGCAGGCGGCAUCACAAGGAGGAUCUGGCAGCGGCAAAGACAAGGCGGAGGCAGGCGAGUCGUUGCGUCAAACAGUGGAACGUGCAGCUAAACCGACUGAUGCAACCCAUCGUCCCUGGAGCCACCCAGAAUAAACAGAGGAGUGCUGUCCUGAGCCACAGAGGGGGUGGAGCCUUCCCAUCCAUUAAUCUCAACAAUAAGCAGCCCCAGCUGAAGGGAAAGACGCAAGAUAAGCGCGACAGGCCCAAGGUCUCAACCCAGACCUCCGAGGAGAUGUCAGAAUCUGAAUCUGACUCCGACGACUAUGAAAACAUGGAGGAGUAUUUGAGGAAUGUGUCGCUGACGGGAUCGAUGUCACCCUAGGAAAGCAGCAGUUAGUUGUCAUGGCGGACUAGACGGGAGAGCACGAGAAGAGUGUUAGUGGUCCUGCGGAGGUUUCUCAAUCCACACUGGGCACCGGUAAUAGACUCUGCAGAUCUCCCCAGUGCACUUGGGAAUCUCCAAUAUCUGAACACACAGAUAUGGGAACUCCAUUUGUUGAAGCCAAAUGGAGAAGGAAAAGCAGAGCGAGGUCCAUCAGCACAAAUGGCACCACAAUCUGUAGCCAA